GUUGAGCAGAGGAGGAGCAGGGAGCAGAUGGAUUUGUGCUGCUGCUGCUUCUUUUCUUUCUUUCAUUCCUUACUUGACAAGUAGUGAUGGACUAAAAGAGGAACAAAAGAGGAGUGGGAGCGGAUGAGAAGAGGAGAAAGUGGCUUUCCAUUCUGGACUUUAUGGAUCAGCGUCGCUAGGACGACUUUCAUCCACUUUUUCCACACUUUGCCCUCCAUGGAGCUUCGACGUUUGUCUCCACUUGAAGGAGCCUGAUUCCGAUCCGUAACCGGUAUUGAUCCGCGGGAUGGCCGCCCUCGUCCUGGUCCUGCUUUGUCUUUGGACCUGUGGACACGCCAAAAGCGCGUUCCCGCUCAGAACCUCCUACAGCCUCUAUGCUGGCGGGAACGCGCACGGUGCCCGAGUGGCCAGCAGACACAGGAACUGGUGUGCGUUUGUGGUAACAAAGACAGUGAGUUGUGUGGUUGAAGAUGGUGUCGAGACAUACGUGAAGCCAGACUACCAUCCUUGUGCUUGGGGCAGCGCUCAGUGCAGUCGAGUGGUGGCCUAUCGUACCUACAUGAGGCCCAGGUACAAAGUAGCUUAUAAAAUGGUGACACAGAUGGAGUGGAAGUGUUGCCAGGGUUACAGUGGAGAUGAUUGCAACAGUGGUCCAGUUGGUGGGACAGGAGCCACCAACAGGCCCCAGCCAGGACAGGGAGGAAGUGGUAUCAGCACCGGACAAGGAGGCUUCAACACGGGCUUUGGACAAAAUGGGGGACACAGUGGAAGAGCGGAUACUGAAAAGAUGAGACAGCUGGAAGACAAGAUCCAUACUUUGACCAAAAAUAUUGAGGACCUACAGUCCACCAUGACCUCAAUGAACGAGCACUUUAAGGGAGGGGUCAACAAACCUAGCAUCAGCGGCAGUGGUGGUAUCUCCUCCGGAGGAAGAAACCCUGCAGAUGCGGCUCAGCCAGAGAUUAAAGAGACAAUCCACAGCAUUCAGGCCAAACUGGAUCAGCUGGACAAUCGCACACAGGCUCACGAUAAAACCCUGGUCAGCAUCAACAACCAUCUGGUCAAUGGAAAAGGGAAUGAUCUGGAAGGAGGUCUUCCUGGUGGAGGUUUGAGUGGAACUAUCCUCAACUCGCUGAAGGAAGAGAUCCUGAAGGAGCUUGAGAGAAGGGUUUCCCUGUCAUGUUCGUCCUGUCAGGCUGGUGUGGAGGACCUACACAGACAGCAACAGGAAGAUCGUGAAAGAAUCCGGGCGCUGGAGAAGCAGCUUAACGCCAUGGAUGUUCGUUAUCGGCAGGCGGUUGAUGGAUUGCGACGGGAGGUGGCCACUUCAAAGGGAUGCUGUGACGGCGUCAACAACCUCAGAAACCGCGUCACCGAUACCGAGCGCAAAAUCAGCUCGACGGCCGAGAACUUUGACGUCCUGCAGAACCGCCUGAACGACGCGCUCAAGGGAGGAAGUGGCAGUGGUCGUGAGGAUGGAGGCUUCAGAGGGGGGGAAAUCGGCGGCGGUAGAGGGGAUGUCGUAGUAACGGAGGAUCAUGUCAACAGUUUGCUGAAGCAUUUGGAACGGCGGGUCAAUGACACCAUGGAGCAGACGGAGCAAAGCUGCGCAUACCUGGAAAAUGAUUUGAAGGACUACUUUCACAGAGAACUCGCUGACCUCCGAACUGUCUUCCUGGACCGUUUUGACGAUCAGGCCUUCAGGAUUGCAGACGUGGAGCUGGACGUGGGGCUGGUUAAACAGAGAGUGAACGAGCAUGACAAGACAAUGUCAGCGCUGGAAAACACCACCUCCCUCCUGAACAGGAAGCUGGAACAGUGUGAUUGCAGAGGCACAGCGGGAGGAGGGGAAUUCGGAAAAGGAGGAGGGAAUACCGUCAAUGGUGGAGGUCAUCGUGGCACUGCUGGAGGUGACAGUGCUGGAGAUCGCAGUGCUGGAGGUGGCAGUGCUGGAGGUGGCAAAGGAAGUGUGACUGUAGGAGGAGGAGGAGGAUCAUCUGGGAUAGGAGGAGAAAGAGAUAAUUCCACAAAGAAAUCACUGGAGUGGAGAGUGGUCGCCAACGAGGAUCAGAUUCGACAUUUCAACACCAGACUCAAAGACUUGUCAGUGUCUGGGGACUCCCUUAAUGACAAGGUAGUGGACCUGAGCCAUGACGUCCGUAAGAUCAAGGCUUUGACAGGUGAUCACGGUGAACACUUUAACCGCAUUGUGACAGAGGUGGAGUUGCUCGGCCAGGACUGCUACCUCUGCGGGACGCUGGAAGAUGAGUUGCAGAAGUUGCAAAACCAUUCCAAGGACGCGCUGGGCCGGCUGCAGAACCACGUCAACAGACUCCAGCUCAGCGUGGACUCUGGGGGUCCCUGCAACCAGAUCUGCUCACACUUACAGGAUCAAGUUCGCCUUCUGCGAGAGGACGUCACACGGUGCACCAGUCGAUGUGGUGGUUCUGGUAGCAGCGGUUCAACCGGUGCAAAUGGAGGUAGCAGUGCAGAUGGACACACUUUGGAUGCUGAGAGACCUUUAGAUGGUCACAGUGUGAUUGGAGGCUCCGUGAGCAACAACCAGUUGAAGACGCUGCAGGGUGAACUCUCUGAGGUCAUCCUGACCUUCAGCUCCAUAAACGACACCCUCAAGGGUCUCGAACACACGGUUCAGAAACACGGCAGCGUCAUCACUGACCUGGGAAACACCAAGGAUAAGAUCAUUUCUGAACUGGACAAAAUCCAACAGGAGGUGACAGAACACAUCGAGGACAGCCGGGACCGGUUGGGCGGGUUGGAGCGGGAUGUCCAACGUUUUGAGAGCAUGUUGCUGGUGGAGAUGGGAGCCUGCAAGAGAUCUGGUGAUGGGCUAGAGAAGAGGCUUUCCAAACUCGAGGGUGUCUGUGGAAGGAUGGACGGAGUCUAUGACUCCAUCCACAAGAUCAAAGAAGGACUAAACCAGCAUGUAUCUAGUUUAUGGACGUGUGUUUCGGGUCUAAACAACUCCAUCAUCCAUCACGGAGGAAUCUUGGACGUUGUCCAGAAGAACCAGGACGACGUCCAGAGCCGAAUGAAGAACCUCAACUUCAGCGUGAACAACAUGUUGAAAGACUUGCAGAGCUUCCCAGACCAUGGACUUGCUGGGCGGCCAGGACCUCCAGGACCCCCAGGAGAGAAAGGUUUCAAUGGACUGCCGGGUCCCCAGGGGCCGCCUGGAUUUCCUGGAAGACCAGGAGAAAGUGGCGCACGUGGUCUACCAGGUCCCAAAGGAGAGACAGGACUGCCGGGUGUUGAUGCUCAUUUACCCAAACUGUCAUUCUCUGCUGCGCUGACUGUCCCGAUGGAGAGGGCAGGAACCAUCAUCUUUGAUAAGAUCUUUGUCAACGAAGGAGAUUUCUAUGACCCUAGAACAGGCAUUUUCACAGCCCCCGUCGAUGGACACUACUUCUUCAGCGCCAUCCUGACAGGCCAUAAGAACGAGAAGAUCGAGGCAGUUUUGUCCAAAUCCAACUACGGCAUGGCCCGCGUGGACUCUGGGGGCUACCAGCCCGAGGGGCUGGAGAACAACCCCAUGGCCGAGGCUAAAACCCCUCCAGGCUCGCUGGCGGUCUUCAACAUCAUCCUCCCACUGCAGGCUGGGGACACGGUCUGCAUCGACCUGGUGAUGGGCAAGCUGGCCCACUCUGUGGAACCGCUGACCAUCUUCAACGGGAUGCUGCUCUAUGAAGCCAUGUGACGGCCCAAACACGGACAGACAAGGACAGAGUACCUGAAGAACAAGACAAGCCCACAGGAGGCAGCACCAAAACCUCGAUAUCGCUUCUUGACUCUGAAGUGAACUUUUAGGAAGACAUUACGUGUAACGUGUUCAGGGAAACUCGUUAAAAGCAGCUUUAUGUGAUUGUUCAAGCAGGCUUUUUGCUUACCAGGAGAGCUUCUGGCUGACUGGGGGAAAUAAGUAUUUGAUCCCCUGCUGAUUUUAUACGUUCACCCCAUACAUUCAUUCAUCUGUGGCGGCCCACCACAAUUCAUGUUGACUGCCACAGACAGAUUUAGUGUUAUCGUUUUUAAAAAAGUUUUAGAUUUGGCGAUCUGCUCACUCUUGCUGUUAAAACGUUGAUAGAACAUCUUCUGGUUGACUCGUCGGACUUGUGAAUGUGAGUGUGAAUGCGUGUUUGUCUAAGUGUGUCAUGUGGUGGACUGGUGAGCUGUCCAGGGUGUCGCCUGCCUAGCCGGGAUAGGCUCCAGCUCUUAGUGGAAAAGGUAUGGGUGGAUUUCAAUCCAGAUGCUGAACCCGAACCCGAACCCGUACAGUACAGUACUUGAUGUCAAGUGUGGUAUCCUGUGGCAACAAGUUAGAUGCUUGUGGGCUCAUCUCCAGGUCAGAGUUGUCAUUUUGUAAUCGUGCGGCUCCGAAAACUUGUAACUUUCACACACUGGUGUUGUUUUUAAAAGCAUACAUGUGUGUCCAAUAUCCAGCUUGUAUAAAAGUGCCAGUUUUUAAUGUUUUAUCAUCAAUUGCACAAUGUUCUGUUUGUAAGCCACUCAAUGUUCUUUUAUUGACAAUUACCCCCAAAAAUAGACUAUUUUAUAUUUUCUUCAUAUUUGAGGGGGGGUUGACUGGUUGUGAAAGUAAUAAGAGCACAUGAGGAAUAUUGCCUUGCAAAAAUGUCACAUCCUCAUUUUUAAGUGUUGUUUUAGAAAAGAUGAAUGUAUGGUAAUAAAAAUGAAAUAUUUAAUGCA